AACUGGAACACAACCUGAGUGACCACACUUCAAAAUGGAGAGGACCAGAAUUUACCAGUCUCUUCUCUUCAUUGUGAUUCUUCAACAAGGGCUAUAGGAUGGGAACGUCUGAGUAUGGCAGAAUAUUGGCACGAGUGGAAGAGAACAGACUGAGGCGUUGAAUGGAACCCCGAGAGGUGCCUCAGGUGAUGUCAACAGUGCUGACAUGAAGAAUACAUCAUGGUGCACCGACCUUUGAGAGUAACCCUCUGAAAAUUGUCGGGAUGAAAACCAGGCAAGUCACCCUUUACUGUGAGAGCCUGCUGCCCAAUUCACCUCAUGGGACCCACCAGUGCUGGUAUUACAAAGGCAGUCGUAUUUUCUGCGGGGGUAGUCCAGUGCCUAGUAGAUUUGACGGUCGUCUAAGCCAGGGUGAGUCUUGCAACCUGGUUAUUUCAAACCUUGUGGAAGAAGAUUCAGGACCCUACACUUACGUAUCUUCCUCUGGCUAUUUCGGGGAUGUGAAUCUCAAUGUAACCAAUGUGCCUAUGGUGACAAGUUUUCUGCCCUAUAUUGAGGGUGUGAGAGGAAGGUCUGUUAUCCUACCCUGCCUCAACUACCCCUCUGAGCAGCCAUUAUUGCAAAGACAGAACUGCUGGUACCACGAAACUACCGACAUUUACUGCUUUUCCAGUCCUCAGUCUAACACAAGCAGGUUCACAUCUCGUCUGAUUGCAUCCAAUGAUAAUAACCUGAAAAUCUCGGAAUUGCAAAUGUCAGAUGCUGGGCGAUUCACUUGUUUCCUCGGCCAGUCUAAUUAUGGGAAGUUGAAGCUGACUGUGAAAGAUGUUCCAGUUUCCAAGCCAGUUAUAACCAAGACCCCCUCUGACUCCAGUAUUAGAGCUGGUACUUCCAUCUCCCUGAGCUGUAAGUCUUCUUCUGGGUCCUGGCCCAUCUCCUACAACUGGUACAAGCUGAACUCGCAGAGUGGCAGAUAUGAACACUUUGCAUCCGGGGGCACGCUGACUUUGAACCCAGCAGAGGUGAAGAACACCGGGCUAUAUAACUGCAAAGCAUCCAACCAGGUCAAUGGGGUGACUGUGCAGGAGAGUGCAGACUCAGAGCUGUCAGUGCAGAGCCCUAUUACUAAUAUCUCUCUCCUGGCCAUCCCCAAGCAGCUGUUUGUCUUUGAAGGACAGACUCUUACUUUACGAUGUCAGGUAGAUUCUGGUUCCCCGCCCAUCAACUGGACCUGGCACCGAUACACAGAGGACAGCAAGCAACCGGACUCUGAGUUCAGACACCAGCAGCAGCAGGAGCUCAAACUGACACACACGGAGCAGAGCAGUGUGUACAGCUGCAGCGCCAGCAACAACUGCCUGGGACAAGUUACGACCUUACAGAGCGAAAAAGUGAAGGUCUUUAUUGUACCCAGACCUGUGGCACAUGCAAUAUCCUAUUGGAGCCUGGCUUUAUCCUUGUGUGCUUUGAUUGUCCUGGCUGUAGUCCUAAUUCUGAGGAGGAAGACCACACCUCCACCAAGCCCACCCAAAAAAACAGCGCUCCAGCCAAUAUCAACUAAAGCACAUCCACCACCAAACACAAAACAAAAUGUGAGAGGGAAUGCUAAAACAAAUGUGUACCAGGACAGUCACCAGGACAAUGAAAAGGACUUCUACUGUCCUCUCUCAAGUGACACCUGUACAGGAGAAGAUGUGUACGAUGAACUGGUUUAAACACCUCGGACCCAGUAGAAGGGAAGCCAGUUCUGUAGACAUGGGAUUCAUGUAUUAAUAUUGUAUCUGAACUUUACACAUUUUCAUGAAGUUUUGCAUUGACAAAUAUAUGGGCUAUAAUGGGUGUAUAUAUAUAUAUA